CCUCGAAACGUCUGCGCUGCAUUUCCUGAGUGAGGUGGAGAGCGCCGUGUUUCGUGUGACUGUGUUUAGCCAAAUGCACUUGAAGCAAUGGGAGUGACACGAAAAAUCAUGAUUGGCGUGUUUUUUGCUGUUCUUCUAAGUCUGUACUUCUUCAUGACAAUCAAUAUCAUGAACAAUGCCACUCAGCGAAACCUUCAAAGCAAAACACUGGCAUCAGUUGCGUCAAGUCGCAAUGGACAUGAGGAUAAGGUUUACCUACAAGGAGAGGUAUAUGCAGUGAGGGAGAUCCACCACCCAAGAAAUUAUCACCGAAACCGCACCGGUUUACGGAUGUUGUCUUCUGUCUAUAAACACCUUCCAGAGAUCAAGGCAAAAUAUUCAUCCGCUUCCUCACAACUGAUGGAUUUGAUCACGAAGCUUAAGCGAGACAUUGCCCAAAGAAAAAUGACGGACGAGCCCUGGGCUUUGGCGGACAAGUGGGCCACAACGGAGUCACUGGUUCCAGAACCAGCAUCCGGAUUAGGGGACGUUCUGGCCGCCCUCUCCACGGCGCCCAUCACGGCGGCCGACGUCGGGCGCGGAGGAACGCAGCUCAAGCUCUUUCUCAUCCUGGAGGGGAGGCAGGCCGUGGUGUUUAGGCCAAUGAGCUGUCAAAUGUCAGGUGUCAACUGUUGCAGUGGUGGUCACGAUAUAAUUUAUGACGAUAUUUAUGGUGGGCCGGAUCGCCCUGAAGGAGAAAUCGCUGCGUUCCAUCUCAGCAGACUUCUGGGCCUCCGAAUGACGCCCCUCACCGCCGGGCGCUCCGUGUCCCUGAGAAGAGAUAUCUUACCCGUUUCCACGGAAAGACUUAGCAGCACUUUCUUGACAGGGAAUGAGGGACAGAUGUGCUUCUAUGGCAUUUGUACGUUCUGCAAUAAAAAUGAAAGCGUCUGCGAGAACUUCAACUCUCUGGAGGGCUCCGUGACCAUGUGGAUGCCAGAGAGACUCGUGCUGGAAGAAAUAAUUCACCCGUGGCAUCGCACUUAUAUGAAGAACGCAUUUGCCAAAUGGGAAAACAAUGAAAGUUUUUGCGAAAUAGUGUUGCAGCGUAAUCACUCACAAAAACUGUUGCAUUUGAUGGAUGCAGCUGUUUUUGAUUUCCUGAUACAGAACGGCGACCGGCAUCACUAUAAUAGUCUUGCAGGGUCGUCUGACUCUCCCGUAGUGCUGUUAGAUAAUGGCAAAAGUUUCUCUGAUGCUGGUCUUGAUCAUAUGGAUGUUUUGGCACCAGUGUUGCAGUGCUGCAGGUUGCGCCGGUCCAUGUACGCGCGCCUGGUCCUGCUGAGCGGCGGCGGGCUGUCCCGGGCCCUGAGGGAGCUCCUGGGCCUCGACCCGCUCGCCCCCCUGCUCGCCGACGCCCACCUCCGCGCCCUGGAUCGCCGCCUCGAGCACGUCCUCGCCGCCCUCAGCGCCUGCAGCGAGAGGAAGGGCGGAUGGCACAAUGUGCUUUUCUGA